AUGCUACAAUUUAGGUGGGUCCUUGCUUUAACGUCAUUGUUAUGCCAGCUGCAAAUAUCUUUUGGAUUUACUGAUUAUUUAUUGAAAACAUGCUCACAAUCGGGGUUCUGCCAAAGAAACAGAGACUAUUCUAAAGCUAUCCAAUACACAAGAAAGUCAUAUUAUCAAAUAGAUGAGAACUCAAUACAGUUUAAUGAGACAGAUUACUCAUUGAAAGCAACAAUUACGAAGACUAUUCCAAGAGCCGACAUCGAGGAUAUUGUUAUCGAACUACCCUUUAGUUUGUCUUUCUUGAACACAUCAAAUUCUAUACGAUUUACCAUCGAUGAAAACAGGUCGAACCUGAAAGAAUCUAAUAGCUUAAAUGCUCAUAGAUUUAACGGAACUGCGAAUUGGGCGUUUCGGCCAAAUGUCUCGUUGUUAAAUUCGGAGGUAUAUGUUUCGAAAGAGCAUGAAAAGAAUUUUGGAGGUUGGAUUUUUGACUUCUUUUCAGCAGGAAGCAAAAACGGCAAUGAUUUGCUUGUCCUUGAAGAUCAAGACGCAGCCAGAAGAGUAGAAAUCUCCUUGGGAAGAUUCGAAUUACGAAUCUAUCGCAAGGGUAAACUGACUAUGACCGUAAAUGAAAGAUCGUUAUUAAAUAUAGAACAUUAUAGACGUAUUGAAGACAAUUUUCAAAAUCUAUUGCCUGAAGAGCCACCCUACAAUAUGUUUAAAGAUGAUUUCGAAUAUUCAAAAGAUGACACGAUCCCUUUCGGUCCAGAAUCUGUUGCCUUGGAUUUCACUUUCCAUAAUUUCCAAAAUGUUUAUGGGAUCCCUGAACAUGCAAAUUCAUUGAGAUUAAAGGAUACUACCGAAUCUGAACCGUACAGAUUAUUUAAUGUAGAUGUCUUUGAAUACAACUUGAAUUCCACCAUGCCAAUGUAUGGUGCAAUUCCAUUAAUGAUUGCGGCAAAUCCAAAUAAACAGUCUGCUGGUCUGUUCUGGUUAAAUUCUGCUGACACGUGGAUAGACAUUGAUUAUUCAAAUAAAAAAGAUACGAAAUCUCAUUGGAUCUCGGAAUCAGGGAUCAUUGACGUUGUGAUAUUUUUAGGUGAAUCGCCAGCAGAUAUUAUAAAUAACUAUACGGAAUUGACUGGAAGACCAGACUUACCCCUGCUCUCAUCAAUAGGGUACCAUCAGUGUAGAUGGAAUUAUAACGAUGAAUUGGAUGUAUUGACCGUAGAAGCAGAGAUGGAUAAAGCUGGAAUUCCAUUUGAUUUCUUAUGGUUAGAUUUGGAAUAUACUGAUAAUAAACAAUAUUUCACAUGGAAACCAGAUUCAUUCCCUAAUCCUAAGAGGUUACUAAAUGUUUUAGAUAAGCUAGGAAGACAAUUGGCAGUUUUGAUUGACCCUCAUUUGAAGGAUAAUUACUUCGUUAGUAAAAUAGUUGCCCAAGAAAAUGCAGCUGUUAAAGAUUGUAAUGGUAAUAUUUUUAAAGGACAAUGUUGGCCAGGGCUCUCUCUUUGGAUAGAAACAUUCAGUGAAUUGGGCAGAAAAUCAUGGUCGAGGUUCUUUAAGAACUUCGUUCCGGAAGGAGUCACAAACUUGCAUAUUUGGAAUGAUAUGAAUGAACCAUCCAUUUUCAGUGGGCCCGAAACAACUGCUCCUAAGGAUUUAAUCCACGAUGGAUUCGAGGAAAGAUCUGUUCAUAAUUUAUACGGUCUAACUGUCCAUGAGACAAGUUACAACGCAAUGAAAGAGGUUUAUUCCGCCGAAAAAAAGAGGCCAUUCAUUCUAACGAGAGCAUUCUUUUCCGGUUCCCAAAGGACAGCCGCAACCUGGACCGGUGAUAAUGUGGCAAACUGGGAUUAUUUAGGUGUCUCUAUACCAAUGAUUUUGACGAAUAACAUAAUGGGGAUGCCAUUUAUUGGUGCAGAUGUUGCGGGCUUCGCAGGCAAUCCAGAGCCAGAGUUGCUUGUACGUUGGUACCAAGCUGGUCUUUGGUAUCCAUUUUUCAGAGCCCAUGCUCACAUUGAUUCCAUUAGAAGGGAGCCGUAUUUGUUUGAGGAACCCGUCAGAUCCAUUAUAAGGGAUGCAGUUAAACUAAGAUAUAUCUUAUUGCCAACGUUCUAUACUGCAUUUAGAGAAUCUAAUCUAAACGGUAGCCCAAUUAUGAGACCUAUGUUUUACGAGAAACCACAAUAUGGAGAAUUGUAUUCGGUAGAUACCCAAUUUUUUUUAGGUGAUUCUGGUAUACUGGUGAAACCAAUUGUCCAUGCCAAUGAAAUAGAGACGCAAGUAAUUUUCACGCCCGGGGUGUAUUACGAUUUAGAUUCUUUAUCAGUUCUUCGUAUUAAUGGAAACGAUGUCAGUUCUGUAACUAUACCAUCACCUUUAGAAAAAAUCCCAUCAUUCAUUGAAGGUGGACAUAUCAUUACAAAGAAAGAAAGAUAUAGAAGAUCAAGUAAAUUAAUGCGCUAUGAUCCCUAUAUAUUGGUUAUCGCCCCAGAUAUUCAAGGGAAUGCCAAUGGGAAGCUUUAUCUUGAUGAUGGUGAAACUUUCCACUACCAGAAUGGUAAUUUCAUUGAAACAGAAUUCAACUUCAAGAAUGGUAACGUAUUGGAGAAUAAUAUACUGGGAGGAACCACAGAUCGUUUAACUGAGAAUACAAGAAUUGAAAAAAUCAUUAUUGCCAUUGGUGAACUAGACAGUCAUUCAUUUAAUGAUAAAGCCACCAUAAAGAUUGGUUCACAAGAAUAUUCUGUGCCGAUUGAUAUAUCAGAAGAAAAAACACAACUUUAUAUUAAGAAUCCUUUGGUAACAAUUGGAGAAAAUUGGGACAUACAUUUUUAA